AAAUAACUAGGAAACUUAGUGGACAAAGGGACUGUUAUACAUCUGUGCUAACCUGAACAAACCAUGAUUUUCACUGCUGCUGAGAAGGCCUCUAUCACUUCUAUCUGGUCUAAGGUGGCUGGUCAUGAGGGCACCAUUGGAGCGGAGGCUUUGGAGAGGUUGUUUCUGAGCUUCCCUCAGUCGAAAACCUACUUCAGCCAUUUUGACGUGAGCCAUGACUCUAAGGAUCUUCAAAACCAUGGUGGAAAGGUUUUAAAAGCUAUUGGAAGUUCUGCUCAACAUCUGAAUGAUCUUGACUUUGCUCUGUCUUCCCUCAGUGAGCUUCAUGCCCGCAAACUCAGGGUUGACCCUGGUAACUUCAGACUUCUGUCCCAUGCCAUUCAGGUGACUCUGGCUGUCCAUUUCCCUAACCAAUUCACUGCUGAAGCCCAAGCUGCCUGGGACAAGUUUCUGUCUGCUGUCUCUUCAACCCUGGUGUCUCAAUACAGAUAAACUUCAUCGCUCAUUGUGAAAAAGUCCGCUGAAAUUAUUAGUCAAUGUAGAAACCAAUAAUAAACUUCAUGUCUGUA